CUGGAGAUCAUUAUUUCUCGUACAGAAAUUAUAUCGUCUUGUGUGCAGAAAAUGAGUGGUCGAGGAAAAGGCGGGAAAGGUCUUGGGAAAGGAGGCGCCAAGCGUCAUCGCAAAGUUCUUCGUGAUAAUAUCCAAGGUAUCACUAAGCCAGCUAUUCGUCGUUUGGCUCGCCGUGGAGGAGUCAAGCGUAUUUCUGGUCUCAUCUACGAAGAGACCCGAGGAGUGCUAAAGGUGUUUCUGGAGAACGUUAUCCGCGAUGCAGUCACCUACACCGAGCACGCCAAGAGAAAGACCGUCACCGCUAUGGAUGUGGUUUAUGCUCUAAAGCGUCAGGGUCGCACUCUGUACGGCUUUGGUGGGUAAACCUAUAAUUCAGAAAUGCGUUUUGCAUCUACCCAAAGGCUCUUUUAAGAGCCACCCAUAUUCUCUAUUGAAGGCGUCAAGCUUAUCCGUUUAUUAACCUAUAUUGACCUUGUAAUGGCAGUGCACACCCUAGGUGGGCACAACUCCCCCACGGGAAGAUGCAGCCCCCCACCCCCACCAGGGACAGUUUCAUGGGAUC